UCGUCCUUUUCUUUGGCACCGAUGAUAAAUCCUCCGGUGGCUUUCCAGCUCUUUCAGGCGUGCUCCUCCUGUCGACCCUUUUCCUCGCGGAACCCAUCUCCGUUCCCAGAUCGACGCGGCUGCCGCCGUUCCCGAUCGCCUUCCGCUCCGAUCGACGCUCCUCCCAGGAAAUUGCAUUAAGAGUGGCCACCUUAAUUUCAGAAUGGGAAUCUACCUUAGCAGCCCAAAAACCGAGAAGUUUUCUGAAGAUGGUGGGAAUCCCAGGCUUAGGUUUGGAUUGUCAUCUAUGCAAGGUUGGCGUGCAAGUAUGGAAGAUGCGCAUGCUGCUCUGCCAGAUCUCGACAAUUGUACAUCAUUCUUUGGUGUUUAUGAUGGCCAUGGAGGAAAAGUAGUUUCCAAAUUCUGUGCAAAAUACCUACACUCUCAGGUCCUCAAGCAUGAGCUUCAUUUGGGUGGUGAUUUAGCUGCUUCAGUACGAAAAGCAUUUUUUAGAAUGGAUGAGAUGAUGCGAGGACAGAGAGGGUGGAGGGAGUUAGCUAUAUUGGGGGACAAGAUGGACAAAUUCACUGGCUUAAUUGAAGGCUUGAUAUGGUCCCCAAGAGGUGGUUAUUCUAAUGAACAUGCAGAUGAAUGGGCCUAUGAGGAGGGACCACAUUCUGAUUUCUCUGGACCAACAUCUGGAAGCACAGCUUGUGUGGCAGUUAUUAGAAACAACCAACUCAUUGUUGCAAAUGCUGGCGAUUCUCGUUGUGUUCUGUCUAGGAAGGGUCAGGCGAUCAGUUUGUCAACAGAUCAUAAACCAGAUCUUGAUGAGGAGAGGGAAAGGAUUCUAAAAGCAGGAGGCUUUAUCCACGCAGGGCGAGUAAAUGGAAGCUUGAACCUGGCUAGAGCAAUUGGUGAUAUGGAAUUCAAGCAAAACAAGUUCUUGCCUGCUGAAAAGCAAAUUCUGACAUGUAAUCCAGACAUAAAAAUUGUGGAGCUGUGUGAUGAUGAUGACUUCCUCAUUCUAGCAUGUGACGGAGUCUGGGAUUGCAUGUCAAACCAGCAACUGGUGGAUUUCAUCAAUGAACAGACAGAAACUGAGAGCCGCCUGUCAACAGUAUGCGAAAGAGUACUGGAUCGGUGUUUGGCACCGAACACUAUCAGUGGAGAGGGAUGCGACAACAUGACGAUGAUACUGGUGCAGUUCAAGAAGCCUCAAAUCCAGUGAUACUGAUCCAUAGCACGUAAUCAUGCUACGGUGAGCCAGGGGUGUCUCGGUGGUCUUCUAUCCUGUGUAGAUCUGAAAGUGCAGUGUACAUAACCAAUAUGACCCCUUCAAAGUUAUAAUAGCUUAGAGGCCUGGAUUCGUCAUCAUAUGAUGGAAUUCCUUGGAACAACAUGGUAUCAUCAUUGUCUCCUACUUCCUCUGCAGUACGUCUAUGUUUGAGUUGCAACGAGUUCGCUUCCAAUUGAACGUGUAAAUCAGUAUCCAAGGUUUGAUUUAUCUUA